AGCUCAAUACACAUGAGAGCCAUUGUACUGAAAUCUCGACUAACAAGGUUAUUCUGUGGAGCCUCUUCUUCUCCCAAGACUUCUGCCAUUGUUUGGCUCUUCCAUCGGCUGAGGGACCAUGGCUGACUACACCAUCCGGGUCUACAAGAACAGGGACUACAAUGCGGUCCGUAUGCUGUUUGCAGAAGGCAUGCUGGAGUACAUCCCUGCUACCUGUGCCUAUGUGCUGAAGCUCCCCCGGGCCCAGUUUGUCCUCUUCAUAUCAUUCAUCACCCUGCUCCUAAUAUCCAGGUCCUACCUACUAUCUCUGGUGAGUCUGGCCAUUGUGUUCACCGCAGGCAGGCGCCAACUGAACUCCGAGUAUCACCAGUAUGUGGAGAUGUGUCAGAGAGAAGACUUACUGGACAUUGAGGAGUCAUACAUGGCCAGUAACAACUCUUGUUUCUGGGUGGUUGAGUGUAACAGCAGGGUCAUCGGCAUGGUGGGUGCCCAGCCGGUCCCCCGCUCUACUGAGGUCAUGGUGUUGAGGCGUUUGUCGGUGGCCAAGGACAAGAGACACCAGGGCCUCGCCAGCGCUUUGUGCCACAAGGUUAAAGACUUCGCACGUCAACGGGGCUUCAAAGUGGUGACCUUGGAGACGUCCAUGAUACAAGUCGCUGCCCAUAAAUUAUAUGAAAAAUUGGGUUUUCAGAACACGGAUGUCAAGAUCGUUCCAUCUCUUUUGGGAAGAUUUGCCAAUUUCUCCAUCCUGACCUACGAAUACAGGAUUAAAGAAUAGUGGGAUGGAGGAGCCCCCACCGCCUCGUGGACUGGACCAUGGACAAUAACAAGAGUCACCUCACCAUGUUACCAUAGGCCAGAGAAGGAAGACACUAUAGACACUAUAGUGGCCGACGAGAUCCAUCUCAUCCUUUGUUUUUAUCUUUUUAUGUCCACUGGGAAGAUAAACUUUUUGGGAAAACCCAAACACUAACUCAUAUAAGAGAUCAGGUCCUCAUGAAUCCAUCAGAGCCGGGGGUGGGUGGCCCUUCUUAUUAUACAAAUGGUUUAUUUUUCACAGAGAAUGUAAUAACUUAUCUUAAUAAAACACCUACAAAUUGUAA